UCAGAUCUCAGCUGCACCUAGGGUCGCGUCGGGGGGAAGUAGGGGAGCGUGGUUGGCAGCGGCCACGCUCUGGCAGGGACGCUAGAUUGGCGGCUCAUGUGUGGUGUGUGUGUGUCUGACCUGCCUCGCGCAUCUCGGGAGGAGGGAUUCACUAGGCUGGGGUGCCUCUUUUGGAGAAGGUGAGGACUGGCUGAGGUCUGUGACCAUGAAGGUCAAAGUCAUCCCGGUACUUGAGGACAACUACAUGUACCUGAUCAUUGAGGAGCAUACACGGGAGGCAGUGGCUGUGGACGUGGCUGUGCCCAAGAGGCUGCUGGAAAUUGCAGGCCGCGAGGGGGUGUCUCUGACCACAGUGCUGACCACCCAUCACCACUGGGACCACACACGUGGAAAUGCGGAGCUGGUGCACCUGCAGCCGGGACUGGCGGUGAUGGGAGCAGAUGAGCGCAUCUGUGCGCUAACCCGCAGGCUGGCACAUGGGGAGGAGCUUCGGUUUGGGGCCAUCCAUGUACGAUGCCUCUUGACGCCAGGCCACACCUCUGGCCACAUGAGCUACUUCCUGUGGGAGGAUGAAUGCCCGGACCCACCAGCUCUCUUCUCUGGUACCUUGCAGCCUGGACUCAUCCACUUAUGCAAUUUCACUGUGCCCUCCCUACCCCCUUCUGACCCUCUUUCCUCCCUAGGGGAUGCUCUGUCAGUGGCAGGCUGUGGCUGGCAUCUGGAGGACACUGCACAGCAGAUGUACCAGAGCUUGACCAAGAUCCUGGGUACCCUGCCACCCCAGACGAAGGUGUUCUGUGGUCAUGAGCAUACACUGAACAAUCUUGAAUUUGCGCAGAAAGUGGAGCCCUGCAAUGACCACGUGCGAGCUAAGCUGUCCUGGGCCCAGAAGAGGGAUGACGACGAUAUACCUACUGUGCCUUCGACACUGGGUGAGGAGCUCUUGUACAACCCUUUCCUGAGGGUAACUGCUCUGCUUGGCCCCACCCCCAUAGGCAGCUGGCCAGCCCCACAAUUCCCCAGCAUACUCUUCCCUGCAGAGAGGAUCCAGUUCGUGAGUUCACAGGCCAGGUGGCACCAGCCCAGGUCCUGGAGGUACUCUGCAGGGAGCGAGCACGCUUCCAGCUUGCUUUGGAGCCACCGCAGCCCCAGGUUCGGGCACUCCUGGCCUUGCAGUGGGGGCUUCUGAGUACACCCCAGGAAAAAUGAGCCAUGUGGGGAGGCUGCUUGUCUCCACACCCCUUCUCCUGAUCUCAAGCUGACUGGAACUCUGGCCUCCAGAACAUUCCUCUGAGGCCCUGCCACCCCACUUUAAAGAACCAGCAAAUGGUGCUUUCCUUGUCUCUGCUGCUCAGGGGCCACACAAGCGGACUCCCUGGAGGAGCUGUUGUGGGCCCUGAGACAUACAUGUCUGGGGACUGAGAAGGGUGAAUAAAACUUUAAAAGGCACAGUGUGGUGCCAGACACAGGA